AUGGCCUAUGGUCAGAUUGGUAUGAUCCAAGCCACGGCUGGAUUUUUCACCUACUUUGUCAUCAUGGGUGAGAAUGGGUUCUGGAUGAGCCGUCUGCUGGGUAUCCGUAAGGAGUGGGAUUCCCUUGGUAUCAAUGACUUGGAGGACUCAUAUGGCCAGGAAUGGGUGAGUCUCGUUUCAUUGUUUAAUGAUGGGGCAGUGUUCUAAUUAGGGGAGUAGUCAUUUAUUUAAAAUACAUUUGUCUGUUUCACAGCUAUUUUUAGAAUUUUCAUUUGUUAGUAUGCUAAGUUUUAAUGUCAAACUAAAUUAGCUGUUGUCUUCCGAUUGAGUUAAAAAAAAUUUUUUUUUACUUACCUCCAAUAAAGAAUAGAUGCUCAAGUGGGCUUACCCAGUGAUUCAAAAUGUGUAACUUGAUCUUCCAUUUAAUUUUAGACUUACUCCCAGCGCAAGAAGUUGGAAUACACCUGCCACACCGCUUUCUUCGUCUCCAUUGUGAUUGUCCAAUGGGCUGAUCUGAUCAUCUGUAAGACCAGACGUCUGUCACUCUUCCAGCAAGGAAUGAAGUAA